AUGUUAUCAUACGCUGUUCCACAGCAAUUAAAUUCAACGACUAACAUAUGCUCUUCAUCAGCCACAUCAAGAUUAUACAAUGAUGAUGAUAUAUUUAAUGUAAGAAAUAAACCGUUUAUCUAUCCAGCAAUGUCAACAGCACCAGUAGCCACACAUGGAAUGUAUACGUCACAAGGAUUUCCCGGUUUUGGAUUUGGUCUAUACGAUGAUAUAUCAUCAUUUCCUGAUCCCACACGAUCCUCAUUUUUUGUAACAGCAAAACGGGAACGUCCCGAUCCCAAUAUUGAAGUAGAAUUAGACAAUAUGGAUUUAUGGAAAAAAUUCGAUGGAAUUGGAACAGAAAUGAUUAUUACGAAAAGUGGAAGAAGGAUGUUUCCAAUAUUUAAAGUGAUAGUAACAGGAUUAGAUACAAAUUCAAAAUAUAUUAUGUUUAUGGAUGUUGUACCUGUUGAUAAUAAUCGAUAUAAAUAUCAUAAUUCUCAAUGGAUGAUAACCGGUGCUGCCGAACCCCAUAUGCCCGGUCGAUUAUAUCCACAUCCAGAAAAUCCUUCAACUGGCAGUCAAUGGAUGAAACAACCAAUAACAUUUAAUAAAUUAAAAUUAACAAAUAAUACCAUGGAUCAACAGGGUCAUGUGAGUAAUAGAAUUAUCUUGAAUUCCAUGCACAAAUAUCAACCACGUUUACAUAUCAUUCAAGCAUCUGAUUCACUAUCAAUACGGCCGGAUGCUGUUAAUACAUUUACAUUUCCCGAAACAACAUUUAUUGCCGUAACAGCAUAUCAGAAUGAACAGAUAACUCGAUUGAAAAUCGAUAAUAAUCCAUUUGCUAAAGGUUUUCGAGAUCACAAUGGCCAUAGUCGAAAAGAUACAAGAUCAAUGAAACGAGGUAAUGAAUUUAACGAUAAUGAAAAGAAACUUAAAUCAGAAAUGUAUACACCCGAUUCAAAACGUAAUAAGUCCAGUAGUGGCGAUGAUCUUACACCUGAAUCACCAAUAAUUCAGACAACAAACAACUCAAUAUCAACUCCUAUAAUUGCAGCCACAGCUGAUUCUACCACUUAUUCUGACACUGACAAUUAUGAUCUUCAUACAUAUAAAGAUUCGGCAAAAAAUAGUUUAAUGAACAAUUACUAUUAUUCAUCGCCAAUAUUUUCAUCAAAAUUUCAAUCGUCAUUUGCCAAUCAUCCAUCUAGUUCAUUUAAUCCAUACACGUCAAAUAUUACUGGCUUAACCAAUCCAUUUACACGCUAUUCAACUAGUUCAUUUAAUUCAACAUACAAUCCAUAUACUCAUCCAAAUUUAUACUAUUCAUCGUAA